AUGACAAGCUUGAAAUUGAACCUGCGGGCGGGCGAAGUCGUUGCCGGAAUGGUCGCCCUGCGAGAUGCGUUGCGAAUCGACGUGGCCAAUGCGGAUUCGGGGGCAAGACUGGUCGAUGUGGGGAUCGACGCACCCGGCGGGUUGGAAGCUGGCGUGCAACUCGCAGAAGCUUGCAUGGCGGGCUUGGGGCAUGUGCAGAUUUCCACAGCGAGUAGCGAGCUAGGAGGCGUCCCAGCCGUGGUAGUGCGGACCGAUCAUCCUGUGGCCGCCUGCAUGGCCUCGCAGUACGCAGGCUGGCAGAUUGCCACGGACGACUACUUCGCCAUGGGCUCCGGUCCGAUGCGGGCAGCCGCAGGCUCUGAGGAAAUUUUUGAAUCGAUCGGCCAUCGCGAGCAGCCAACUUCGGUCGUGGGAAUCCUCGAGACCUCCAAACGCCCCACCGACGCUGUCGUGGACUACAUUGCUUCACGAUGCGACGUGAAACCACAAGACGUCACCCUGCUGUUCGCCCCCACGGCCAGCCAGGCUGGAACCGUGCAGAUUGUCGCUCGCAUUGUCGAGACUGCACUGCACAAGAUGCACGAGUUGGGCUUCGAUCUUCACCGAGUCGAAAGUGGCUGGGGCUGUGCACCGCUGCCGGCGGUGGGCAAGAACGAUCUCGAGGGAAUUGGCCGCACCAACGACGCCAUUCUGUAUGGCGGUCGGGCCGUGUUAUGGGUGCGUGGUGAUGACGAGUCAAUCGAAGCGCUGGGGCCCAAGAUUCCGAGCUGUGCCUCCAAGGAUUUCGGCCGCCCUUUUCUCGAAAUCUUCAAGUCCUACGAUCACGACUUCUACAAGAUUGAUCCUCACUUGUUCAGCCCUGCUGUGGUCACGCUGUGCAACCUGGACUCGGGCCGAUCAUUUCAGUUCGGCCAGCUUCGGCCUGAUGUUUUGACGGCAAAAACUCCCGCGAAGCUCCGCUUGCGAAUCGCUGUACUUGCUUCGCCGCAAAGUUGGUAUCUGCAAGACCUGCGUCGCGCGGCAGAGACCGGCGGCGAAGAGAUUGUGCAGGUCGACUACGCGCGUCUGGCGGCCGAUGUAACCACCGGGAAAACCAUUGUUCGCGCCGGUGAAAUUGACCUGGCCGACUUCGAUUGCGUCGUACCACGAACCAUGCCGCCGGGCUCACUCGAGGAAGUCAUCUUGCGAAUGGACUUGCUGGGCUGUUUGGAAGCCGCCGGGCAGUUGAUCAUCAACCCACCGCGGGCGAUUGAAGUGGCCGUCGAUAAGUUCUUGGCCACUGCCAAACUACAAGCAGCGGGCUUGCCCGUGCCUGCGACGAUCGUCUGCCAGACGGUUGAUCAAGCCUUCGACGCCAUGGAAAGACUUGGGGGCGAUGUGGUCGUCAAACCGCUGUUCGGGUCUGAAGGUCGGGGGCUUGCUCGCGUGAGUGAUCCCGCGAUUGGUGAGCGCGUGUUUCGCGCGCUUUUACAAAUUUCAUCCGUACUGUACCUGCAACGUUUCGUGCGGCACGACGGCAGUGACUUACGCGUGUUGCUGAUUGGCAAUCAACCUUUCGCCAUCAAGCGUCGCCAUCCCACCGACUGGCGAACAAACAUCGCACGAGGCGGAGAAGCGGUUGCCGUCGAUUGCACGUCACCGGAGAUGGAUCUCCCGAUCGAGAUGGCCCACAAGGCGGCCGCUGCGGUGGGGGCUUCUCUCGCCGGAGUUGACUUGCUGCGAGCCCCAGAUGGCUCGUGGCUCGUCUUGGAAGUGAACGCUGUCCCGGGGUGGAAAGCCCUGAGUGCGACCUUGGAAAUUGACGUCGCCCGGGUCGUCCUCGAUGAGAUCGGACGAAGAUCCCGAUCUAACGUGUGA